CGCGGUGAGGCCGGUGUGAGGCGAGGGGCCGCCCCGGCCCGGGCCUCCGGAGGGAAGGGGCGCCGCCGAGCUGGCGGGGCAGGGGAGCGGGGGCUGGGCCCCCUCGCAGCCCGCGGACGACGAGGACGACGAGGCGGUGGACGGGAGCGGCGGCGGGCGGAGGGGCGGCCCCGGGGCCCCGCUGAGGUGGUUGAGCACGGCGGUGCUGAGCGCCGCCUUCCUGGGCCUGGCCACAUUGCUUUUCCAGAUGUAAAAGUAUGUCUAAGCAGUCUGAUGGGAGAUGGUGGAGAGGACACAGCAGGGAGCCUUAAGGGCAUGAGUAUCGCGAUUCUCGGACCCACAUUUCAAGAUUUGGCCUCAAAUGUGAACAGCAACAUUAGUAGUAUUUCUUUUAUUUUUGUGGGCCGCUCAUUUGGAUAUCUGGGUGGUUCUGUGAUUGGUGGAAUUCUCUUUGACUGCAUGAAUCAUUUUCUUCUUUUGGGAAUUUCGAUGUUGGCCACAGCCAUUGGUCUCUAUCUUGUCCCAUUCUGCAAGAGAGCGAUCUUACUCGCCGUUAUGAUGUCAGUCUUUGGAGUUUCUAUGGGAGUUCUAGACACAGGUGGCAAUAUCCUCAUCCUAGAGACUUGGGAGCAGAGAGCAGCACCUCACCUGCAGGCCUUGCACUUCAGCUUUGCCCUGGGGGCCUUUGUGGCUCCAAUCCUGGCCAAAUUGGCACUGGGCGGCGUUGGCCCGGCCGGGAAUGUGACGGGGGCUGACCAGGCGAAUCUGUCUGCCCGCGACCCUCCGGCUGCGGCCGAUCUGGAAGCUGUGUUCGGGCUCCCCGCCGAUAUGAAUUUUCUUUUGUCCUACGUUGUUACAGGAACCUAUGUUUUUGUGGUUUUCAUCUGUAUUUUGGUUUUAUUUCUCAAGAGGAGCCCAAGUCAGGAGAAAACGAAAGCAUCUGCUCAGAAGUCCCAGACUGCCAAAUAUCAUAAGACCCUCCUGGGCCUCCUUUUCAUCUUCUUCUUCUUCUACGUCGGCGCCGAGGUGACGUACGGCUCUUACGUCUUUUCUUUUGCGACGCGGCACGUCCACGUGAAAGAGAGCGAGGCGGCGGGGCUCAACUCGGUAUUCUGGGGGGCGUUUGCGGCGUGCAGGGGCGCGGCCAUCUGCUUCGCUACGUGUCUCUACCCUGGGACCAUGAUCGUGAUGAGCAAUAUUGGCAGCUUGCUUUCUUCUCUGCUCCUGGUCCUUUUCUAUAAAAGUCCAGUUUGCCUCUGGUCAGCCACGGCUGUGUAUGGGGCCUCAAUGGCCACCACCUUCCCUAGCGGCAUUUCCUGGAUCGAGCAGUACACGACCAUCAGGGGCAAGUCUGCUUCUUUGUUUGUGGUCGGCGCCGCCUUGGGAGAGAUGGUUAUUCCUGCCGUGGUCGGAACUCUUCAGGGAGAGUAUUCCCAUCUCCCCGUGGUCCUCUAUACCUCUCUGGGGUCAGCGCUAGCCACUGCUCUCUUGUUCCCUGUGAUGUACAAAUUUGCAACCUCACCUCUUGAGAGGACACUGAAGAAAAACAGAAAGAGUGAAGAUCAGAAAGCACUGCUGCCUGGCUCUGGGCUUAAUGAUGGUGAAGAAGAGGAGGAGGUGGCAGAAAGUUGGAAUGAAGCUGCCUUUGAAGUGAUUGAGAUGAAUGAGGGGCUGCAGAGCUCUGUGCUCGAGCCAUCUAGGGCAAUCCCUGGGGGAGUUCUGGCUCCGGUUUCUAAUCAGCAUUGUUCAUACAAUGUAGUCGUUGAUUCCUCCCCCCGAAUUCUGGGCAACUCCCCAGAGAAGCAAGUCAUUACUGCCCAGGAAAAGAACGUUUAGCACCCAAAUGAUUAAUUUCCCUCCUCAGCCCGUUUCCUAAAGAGGCAGAACGUCCGCAGGUUUUGAGAUACUACUCAAAACCCAGUACUACUUAUUCUGUAAGCAACAAGUACCAGAAAGUUGUGGAUUGGGGUUUUCGGUUGUGACUGGAGAUUUAUUCUUGCCUUAAGAUGAGGAAGAAGAAUCGAGGGUUUUGAGAACCCUGAACGUCACAGAGAGAAAUGGAGGUCAUCUCAAGGAGGGCGUUUGAGGGGUAGAACAAAUAACGUUCACGAAGCCCAGGCUUCCAUAGUUCAUCAGUGGUAUUAAUUAUUGGGUGCUUACUACGUGCAGGGCGCUUUACUGAGCACUUAGUUCACCCGGGGAGUAGGUCAGAGGGUGCCUUCACAGACGGCCGAUAAAUGCGUUAGGGGUUUCUGCUAAUAAUAAUAGCUCUGUUCGUGUCGACCCACUCAGCAUCCUUCUUGAUGCCGCUCUUCACUCGGAAGCUAUUCGGAGCAGAGUCGGUUAUGAUACGGGGUCUGAGGGAAGUCGUUUUGCCCGUCUUGACAUUUUUGGGGGAGAGGGCUGAAAAGUGAGAAACACGAUAAACAUCUCUAGUUAAUGGAGGUGGUGUUGACUCAAUCUCAUGGCUUGUCAGCUUCCUUGCCCCAGUGGUCGAGUCCCAUUUUAAAGGACAGGCCUUUGUUUAGCAAGCCACUGAGCUGUAGUAAGAUGAUACUGUAAAUACCGAUAUCUAUAUUUCAAAGAAAAGCCUAGGUUGGUAAUUUAUUUUUUUAUCAAGGUAGCGAAUUUUUUAAAAGGGGGAAAACCUGAAGACAAACUGUGUUUAAAAAUAGUUUAGACACUAUUAUACUGGGCGUCACCUUCAAGAGCCAUUACUAGUUCAGUGCUCUGCACACAGUCAACACAGUGAAUAAUACUGAGAGGCACAGGUAGGUAGGGUGAACGGAAGAAUUCAAAGGAAAGAAGGCCUUACCUCUUUUCUCUUCCCUGCCGAAAUCCCACUACUUUCUUAAGCAAAUCCUGGUACCUAUCUUGUGGGCGCCAGCUACUUCCUCUUCUCCCCUUCCUCUAUCCAGGCCCCAUCUCACGUGACCUAGGACUGAGGCAGAAGCAGCUGGACCAACAAUUGGGGGAAACGACUGUGUAAGUAGGAGGAAGCAGGAACUUCCAAAUUGCAGCUCUCUCUGUGUCUCUCCCCAUGUCCCCCCUGUUGACUGUGUGUUGGCUUUGCCAACCUCUGUAUCCACAGUGUGCCCGGAUAAUGCAUUACCUCCUCACCUCUCCCUACCCGUUCUUGAUUUAUCCCCAGCCAUCUGAACCCCUUUUCUCAGAUGCUCUGAGCAUGAGGGGAAAGGAGGGGAAGAAAGGGAAGGAUUGGAAGUGGGGUGGGAGGAGGGAAGAUGGUGCUUAUUGUCUGAUGCUGUACUAUUUUUUCCUCUACCACUGUUGCUGCCUCAGUUAAAGUGAUCCACAUCCCCUGCCAAGCUAGGUCAUUCUCAAUGCAGUCUUUAUCGAGACCUGAAUUAUUUUGCUCUGGUUACUUGCAGAAAAAUCAAAUCAAUCAAUCAGUCGUAUUUAUUGAGUUGUAUUUAUAUGCAGAGCACCGUACAGAGCGCUUGGGAGAGUACGCUGCAACAGAAUCAGCAGACAUGUUCCCUCCCCAUAAUGAGAAUAAUGGGCAAAUACACUCGGCCUUGUUCUGGGCAGACACACCAAAGGUUUCCCUAGAAUUCACAUUCAAGAAGUAGAACAAGUCUUUGUCCUUCUGGAAGGAGGCUUCAUUUGCUCCGAUGGAAAAGACUUCUGAGAUAAGCUUCUUCUCGGGUUCUUUCUAGCACUUGUCGUGCCGCUGUUGAGAAUUAGUGAGCAUGAAAGUCUCCCAAAGGCUUAGUUCAGUACCAUCAUUUACGGUGUAAGCGCUCAGUAAAUACAGUUGAUUGAUUGUGAUAGGCCCUGAGUGGAAAGUGGGACAUGGUUAUGUCUCGGUAAAGGUCACUUCUAUUUCCCUGGCUACAAAUCACCAUUUAGGUCUCUCAUCUGUUGCUGUCUUUUCUUUUUUUGUAUUCUCACUGUUGAGUGCUGGUUGUAGGCAAGUCUCUGGAGGUGGCUUGUACAUAAAAGAAAUUCAAGAUAGAAAAAUGGGACUAUUCAGUGUUUCUUCCUUUUUCUAAUGCAGGAAAAGUGCUAGAAUGAAUCAAAAGAGUUAGAAGUACCUUUUUCUUUGAAAAAUAUGUUUCUUAGGCAGUUACCAAAAUCUCAUUUACUGCUUUCAAUCAGGAUAUUGAAAUAAAGAUUAAAACAUAAAAUAUUUCAUUUUUAAGAACAUAUAAAAUAGUGCAGGUAUCUUGCAGCUAAGCUGAGCCAGUUUCAGUGUAACUUCUUUAUAGAUAAGCAAGUGGAAACUGAGGAUCCCCCGUGUGGUCCAUUAAAAUGAGUUUAUUGUAGCGAGUGUGUAGUCACUGUUGUCAGGGCUGCGCCACUCAAAUCCCUCCUCCAGGAAGGAGGCUGGUUAAAUAUAUUUAUCAGCUGGUCUGGAUAAUCUGGGUUAAGGCUUCUUGCAUCAAUGUGGAGACUUGUAAGUGUAGAAUUCUGACCAGGCAAUUCUUGGAGAGCACAUUUUCGGCUAAUGCUUUAUGAUCGCCUAGGACAGUGAACAAGAUUAGUUAUUUCCCUGCUGCAGUUUAUUUGUCCAAAUAGAUUUGGAUGUAGGGAAAAAAUGUGUGGUGACCAGGCAUUGUGAAACAUCUCUGUUGUUAUUUUUUAAAGUUGUUGUAUGCGAAUACAUUCUCACAAUGAGUGAUUUGGCACUUUCCCCUUUUAAGGGUAUUUAUGAGCUUGUUUUAACGCAUCAUCUCAGGACAUUUCGUUUGUAGAUUUGCACCUGUAAGAACUAUAUACUUUGUCAUGUCAUUAGCAGGGCUGGAAGUGAGCCUGAACUGGAAUAAGAGAAGGUCCUGGAAUGGGUGUUGAGGGGCUACUGUGCCAUGAGGUCAUGGACUGUGGCUAACAUGACCUUCAGCAGUCGGCCUCUCCCUUCUCCUGCAGCUGCUCGCAUCCUGGGUUGGGAGGGAUGGGGGGCUGGGGUAGUUAGAAGGCUUUUGGACUUUCAGCACUGGUCAGGAACACUAACAGCUGACCGUAGGUGGACACCUUUGCCAAGUUGAAGUCUGCUCCAGGGAAUUUCCCAAUCCUGGUUGGGGCAGGCUCUUUCAGCAGGAACACGUCCCCAAGCCGAGGGUGGAAGGCAAUGAGAACACUGGAUUUGACGUGUACAGUUUUGUCCUAUGGACAAUUUUAGAAAUUCAGUUGUCCCAUACAAUCAAAGCAGUCUAAUUUGAAUCAUCCGAAGACUUCUCGAGUCUACCAGUGUUUGAUACGUAGUAGGCGCUUAACGAUGAUCAUAAUGUACAGUAUUUUCAUUUCUUUAAUCAAUGAUCAAAUAUCCUGAAUCCAGUUCAAGCUUUAAUCUUAAUGUGGCAUAGACCUUUUGAAAAAUAUGAAAAUAUUUGAAAAAUAUGAAAUUUAAAAGACACACUGAAGAUUACAUUUGAAAGAGAAAAUCCAAAUGUCUGUGUGUCUUAUUUCAUGGCAUCAGGAUUAUUUGAACACUUCAAGAAAUAAAGGUCACAGCAAGAUCCCAAGAUACCAAACAAGUGUGUCUGGCUGCAGGUGACCUGUUUUGUUUCUCUCUCUCAUGAUAGGCCAUUUUUUUUGUUUUUUAAUCUGAAUAAAUUGAGAUCCCAGUGAUUCCUUUUGGUCGGUUUUCUGGAUCUGCUAACAAAAAAUAUCCCUUCAUUAUUCUUACAAUUGAGAUCUCAUCAUGACAAAUUGUAUUUGUCAGAUUUGAAAUUACUGUUUAUUCCUCAGAGACUCUAAUUAUUGCCUUCAGUAAUUCAGUACAGAUAAGGUACAAGAAAGGGCAAUGAAAAAAUAAAUUGCUCGUACCAUCACUGCUUGAAACACCAGUGGAAUUUCAAUCCUUGAGGGAUGGCUCAUUAAUACUUUAUUAUGGAAGGUGCUUGGAAUAUGGAUAACUGGGGACUUGAAAUUUAGUCUCUUACAGAGAUGUGCUUUCUCUCCUAUUAUUGACUUAAAGAUAAUUAAACUUUUAGAUCAUGUGAAACAACUUUCCUCUGCUUCAAAUGGUACAAAAUACUAGUUCUUAUUGUUUAAGAGUGAACAUUUCCCCCCUCAUAUAUGGAAUAUAAUCGGAAUUCCUCUUGUGGAUCAGGAUUAGGAAAGUGACUCAACUGCAUUAGUCACAACAAAGUAUUUUCAUUUAAACCUUAUUAGAGAUAAAUUCCUUAGGAACGCAUUCAUUCUUAUCAAACUUACAUUUCAUUCCUAUGAAGAAAAAUCUGGUUUUUAUUGGGUGCUUAUGGAGGUCAGAACCCUGUCCUAAGCGCUUGGAAAAGUACAGUAGAGUCAGUAAAAGUAAUCCCAUGCCCACAAGGAGCUUGUAGUCUUCAAGAAAACAAAUGAAAAAACUCCAGGCAAGGUGCCAUUUUGUUUGACAGUUGCACUUAACCUCUACAUAACUAAUAGUAAGAUACAACUCUUUGGUGCCUUUUGUAUUGUUUUAUUUAUGUGCUCAUGUUCCUGCUUUUAAUUUCACCCACACAGUCCACUGUAUAUAAAUGCUCUUUUAUUUUGCACAGAAGUGUUGAUGUCAAUACAGAAAUAAUGUUUUGUUUUGGGAGGGUGGAAAAGGCCUAUUGGGUUUUCUCUAUUUAAAUGGAAGAUUGCUCUAUGUUUACAUGAGUGUGUUUAAGACGAACUUUUAUUAAAUAAAGUAACUUGGAUUAAAUUGAA